CGCCGACGGCGCCCCCUGAUUCGCGUCCCGCCAACCCCGGCUACCUUCUCGCAGUCAGCGCGCCGAGCGCUCAGUCUCGCGCCAGCCGUCGCGCGGUGAACGUCUAGGCGCUUUUGCGGGUCUGCGCUGCGCUCUCCGACCAGUCGGGCACCCCGCGUCUCUCGCGCGCCCUGGACAAGCGCAGUGUCCCGAGGAUGGUGCACCCAGUGCAGGUGCAUCAGGUCGUCCCGACGCCCCCCAGACGUCCCACCGAGCGCGGAGCCACGGGUCAAGGCCAGGCAUAGAUGGACCGCCUGCAAUAAAAAACAAAAGAACCAGAUACGGAUGUCUCGGAGCACGUGGGCGCAGCUGUGACGCGAAUUCAAUUCCCGAGGAAGAGAAGAGACGCCACCUCGAUCCCUCCCGAGAAGAUGAGGUAAAGUCAAGAUGCGGCGACCUGGAUCCAUACUCGGCCUGCUGAUCGUCGCGACGAUCCUGAAGUUCGCGGACGCGAACGAGUGUUUGACCAUGCUCGAAGAGGUGAACCCCAAGAGGGCGGUGCACCUGGACGGGCAGUCGCUGAACAUCAAGUUCGAGGUCACCCAAAGAGCCACCCAGAGACUGGUCUCCAGGAUCAUGAAGAUAUUCCUGACGGAGGUCCUAGGCUACCCAGGAGUGGUCCUCGUGGAGAAGGACGACAGGUUCGACGUCCAGGAAACCUUCGCGAGGCUGUCGGACACCUUCACCUACGCGGGCCAGAGGAUAGUGCCGGACACCAUGGUGAACAUGGAGGUGUGGAUCCCACCGGAAGAAGACACCAUGCCAUACCUGAACCAAUACGACGUCCACGAGUGCGGCUCCAUAGCUCCCCCAGGACACUUUGGCUGGUUCAUUCCAGAGAAACUGAGUAGAUCUGACGACACCUGGCUGUCCUUUACAAAAAGAGACACAGCUAUCCGCUUCGACGUGGACGGGAAGGUCCUGUCUAGCCUGAGGAACCUGACGAGGUCACCUGAAACGGGAACUCAUUAUUGCGAGGAGUCCUACUGCGUGGACGGGAUGUACAUCCCGGAACGAUGUAAAAAAGGACAAGCAUGCGCCCUUCUACUGGCAGGAUCGUCUAAUGUCACGGGUUUCGUCAGGGACCAGAUAGACACCCUGGAACUGUACGUGCGAGUCGCCUGGGUGGGUCCAAACUUGAAGCACCUGGUUAAAUCCCUGACCAAGGAGUACCUGCAGGACUCUGGGGCCUCUUCGGGCAAAUCCCUGGUUCUUUUGCACUGGACUCCUAGCAGUGUCGUUCCCAGUGAUCGGGAAUUCGUCUCCCUGGUGUUCCCAAAGUGCAGCGCCAAGUUUGGCUCCAAGUCGAGCUGCCACUUCGAGUCGAGUCGCCUGGUGAAGUUGGCCUGGGCCAGGCUGGAGUCGGUGGCGAAGUUCGCAUACGAGGCCAUCAAUCGGGUUAAAUUCACUGGGGACAUGUACGAGGACCUGGUGGCUAGGUUCAACAAUUUCUCCGGUGAGGCCUCCGAGGACCGGAUCGCCUGCGAUUGGCUCAAAGAGAACCUGAACUACACCCUGGCUAAGUGGAUGCCCAACAACGCCGACAAGAACACCCUGAUCGUCGGGGGGAUCUUCCCCAUGAGCGGGACGUCCUAUACCGAGAAGUCCAUCGUCAUCGCUGCCAAGAUGGCCAAGGAGGCCAUCAACGUCAACAACUCCGUCUUGAGGGACUACAAUCUCACCUUGCUGGCUAGCGAUGGCCAGUGCAAGUCCGAUAUGGUCAUGAAGUCCUUCAUCGACUACAUAGUCCACAACUAUUACGAGAAACUGGUAGGCGUCCUCGGGCCGGCUUGCUCGGAGACCGUGGAGCCGCUUGUCGGGGUGUCUAAACAUUACAAGACGGUUAUCAUCAGCUACAGUGCGGAGGGGUCCAGCUUCAACGACAGGAGCAAGUAUCCCUACUUCUUCAGGACCAUUGGGGAGAAUAAACAGUACAAGCACGUGUACCUGCAGCUUCUACAGAGACUUGGAUGGAGGAGGGUGGCUGCUCUUACCGAAGACGGACAGAGAUACACCGAGUAUAUUUCCUACAUGCAGGACAUGCUCAGGGACAACGGAAUCGUCUUCAUCGCCAACAUCAAGUUCCCCAGGGAGAGGGAGACCGACGUCAUGACCAGGUAUCUUCAGGACCUGAAACAGAAACGAGCCAGGAUCAUCAUCGCCGAUGUCUACGACGAGGUCGCUAGGCAGGUCAUGUGCCAGGCUCACAAGCUGGAGAUGACCGCCACCCAGGGUUACGUCUGGUUCCUGCCCCUUUGGCUGAGGCCUCGGUGGUACGACACGGACGAGUACAAUCGUCGAGGCGAAGAGGUCCCGUGCACCACCGUGCAGAUGAUGAGCGCCAUAAAUGGCCAUCUUGGACUCUCGCACGCACCCUUCGCCCCGGACGACGCCGUCACCCAGGAAGGCAUCACCGUUCGACGGUGGCGAGACAGAUACGAACAUCUAUGUCGGGCGCAAAACCAAACGCCCUCGACCUACGCCGGCUACGCUUAUGACGCCAUGUGGACGUACGCCUACGCGAUGGACAGAUUGAUCAAGGAGAAUCAGAGCUACGUCUUUGACCUCCACUCUGACCAGACGGUCAAUCGAUUGACCGACAUCAUCGGCGAGACGGACUUCAAUGGGGUUUCUGGCAGGAUCAAGUUCCUGGGGGGUCCGUCGAGGUUUUCCGUUAUCACGGUGCUUCAGCGAGUCGACAACGAGACCAGAGUAGUGGGAACCUUCCACCCGAAUAUCUCGGAAACCAGGAACGAGGUCAUCGGUGGAAUUCUUGACCUCAACGUCUCAGCGAUUGUCUGGUUGUCUCAGGAAAUGCCGAACGAUGGAUCGGAACCACCUCAGAGAUGCGUUCUUGCUGGUCUCGCUGAACUCCUGGACGUGUCCUGCGAGGUCGCCAUCGUCAUCGCGAACAUCAUUGGCUUUGGACUCCUUGGGGCCUUCCUCAUCGUCGGGUUCGUCAUCGUGAAGAGGAAGUACGACGAGAAGGUGCGGCUGCACGAGAAGUACAUGAAGAGUCUGGGUCUGGAUCUUCUUCAGCCCGACAUUUCUGGAUUAGACAAAUGGGAGAUCCCUCGCGAAAGAGUCGUUAUCAACAGGAAGCUCGGCGAAGGUGCUUUCGGCACGGUCUACGGGGGUGAAGCAUUUUUCCCCGACAAGGGCUGGCUCGCCGUGGCCGUGAAGACCCUGAAAGUCGGAAGCUCGACGGACGAGAAGCUCGAUUUCCUGAGCGAAGUCGAAGUGAUGAAGCGCUUCGAGCACAAGAACAUCAUCAAGCUGCUGGCCGUUUGCAUAAAGUGCGAGCCCGUGCUCACCGUCAUGGAGUUUAUGCUAUACGGGGACCUGAAGACGUACUUGCUGGCCAGAAGACACCUCGUCAACGACCAAAGCUACGAAGACUCCGAUGAGAUCUCCAACAAGAAGCUGACGGCCAUGGCGUUGGACGUCGCUAGAGCUCUCAGCUACCUGGCGCAGCUGAAAUACGUUCAUAGAGACGUGGCGUCGAGGAACUGCCUCGUGAACGCUCAGCGAGUCGUUAAACUCGGAGACUUCGGCAUGACCAGGCCCAUGUACGAGAACGAUUACUACAAGUUCAAUAGGAAAGCUUCUCGUACUGCAGGGAUGCUGCCGGUGAGAUGGAUGGCCCCGGAAUCUCUUGGCUUGGGGAUCUUCACCCCGGCUUCGGAUGUCUGGUCCUAUGGAGUGCUUCUUUAUGAGAUCAUCACUUUUGGCAGCUUUCCCUUCCAGGGCAUGAGCAAUAAUCAGGUCCUCGCUCACGUGAAAGCCGGGAACUGCUUGGUCGUCCCUAAGGGCGUGAGGAUGCAGCUGGAGAACCUGAUCAGAUCCUGCUGGACGGUGGACUACACGAAGCGUCCAACGGCUCCUGAAAUUGUGGACUUCCUGGCGACGAAUCCUCGAGUUUUGUCGCCAUGCUUGGACGUGCCCCUUGCGAGUGUCCAGCUGGAGAACACGGGCCAGCUCGAGAUGCAGCUUCCGGAGAACAUCAGGAAAUUUUCGGUGGCUCUUGCGUGGACCCCUCGUACAUCUCCAGACGUUGCUUCUCUGGAUUCGCCGGUUCCUCCUCUGCUCGACAUAACGGGGCAAGACCAAGAUGGACAAGGAUUGGACCCCCUGGGAGGGAAUUCCGAGCCUGAGAGCACGAGGCCCUUGCUGGGGCCUCGAGAUGUCCUCAAUUUCCAGGACUUCGAUAAAACCUUCGCGGAUAACAACCGGACGCCCAGAUAUGUUAAUCUUCAGCCUGGAUUAGCGAAUGUCGGCACUUCCGGUGCCGACGGUGACGUCAAUAUCCAGAUGGAGGAGAGAGCUUCGAUCCUGUCCAGAGGGAAGCAUCCUGAUGGCGUCUCUUUCCUUUGACGCAGUAUAUAGCGCAGGAGAGAGAUUAAGAGCGACAUGCAGAUCAUCUGGGAGUGAGAGAGAAGAGUCUUGAAGCUUAGCUUUAAUCCCUGGACAUGUCGGGAGAUGCUUUAACGGGAAUUGUUUCUUGGGCGAGAAGUAGUCUCGAUGGGAAGGAACUUUCCCUGUCCCUUAAUGUUCAAACACGGUGUUGCAUUUAUGGAAGAGCUCCAGCUCUCGAAGUAGCUAGACAUGGUUGGGAACUCGGUGCGAUGAUUUGCAGCGAAGUGCAAGGAACUUCCGGGAGGAAGUGUAUUUAUUCACAGGCUCGGUGUGCAAUGCUCCUGAAAGUCGGGAAUCCUUUUAAGGGGGUUUCGAGAAUUACGGUGAGGAACUUACCGCGGAAGUGCAUCGCGGGCAAGGAUUGCUUUUACCAGGCGAUGUUGCAAAGAUUAGAGCUGAUCUUUCUCGAUGUUGAGGAGAGCUUUUUAGGGGACCAUGAUGGUGCGUCCUUUUUUUAAGCUCGCGGUUUUGAGACUGCUUUUAAGGACUUCCGAUGAAUCAGGACCGCGAAGGAUUUCUGCUUCUUCCUCGUGAUAGAACAAACCUUCCGGAAUGACUUCACGGUAGAAAUUAUGUUUCCCAUUGACCAUGACACGCUCUUUGCGAGGAGGUUUCGCUGCUCGACCUAAUUCUCGUAAAUGAGACCUGAAAAUUACCGUCGUCGGGUUUUCGGAGAGACGAGGGAACCCAUGUGGAUUCAACUUCGUCAUGGUGGACUUCUGACGUUUCACAUUGCCCCUUGAUUAAUAGUUUCCCUGUAUUUUUUUUUUUUUUUGGCGAUUCCCACGCAAAUGGGGGGCCUGAAAUUAUUUCUAAUAUUUGAUUAAAUUCAGAGGACUGCGCGUGUAUGUUUCCUAGAGAAACGUUCCAUAUACACUUACCAUAGUUGUACGCUAUUCUGACUCGAGAUACAUCCUAGAUCCUGGGCAGGGUUUUGCAAGAUCCAUGCAUGACGUGCACAGCGACAUUCCUCGUGAUAACCUCCCUUACAAUAAUCCAGGAAAUAUUCUGCGAAAAAUAGACAUCUCGUGAGAUAGGAUUUCUUUCCUUUCAUAAGAAAUGAAAAAUGACUGACCUUAACCGUGAACUUCGAUGAACUAUGCACGCGGCCGGUUGUAUAUUAUUUGUACAUAUUCUUUCCUCAGUUUGUUAGGACUGCAAAUUGCCAUCGAUUGUACAUUGCCAGUGGUGCGUUUACUUUGGUCCAUAGUCACUGUUAAUGUUAACCCGUUUCCGUGCAAUUGUACUUGUCCGUGGGUACUCGGUGCGCGAUUAUAGAAACUCGCUAGAUUUAAGACUACUCGAAGUACGUUUAACGGCGUAAGACAACUAGUAUUAAGGGAUCACUUCCUGAGAUGAAGCCUCACUUAUUGUACAAGGCUAAAUGUAAAUGGUGUCCUCUGUGUUCGGUGUGUACGCAAAUUCAAGGGGCGUUCUGCGAACAUUGCCCGUCUUGUCCCUGCUCGAGGAAGAAUAGUGACCCACUCGUAACGAGCUGAAACAAUUAGGAGCAAUGUCAUUUUUGUCAUUCUUGUCAUUAUUCCGGAACGCGAGGUUAAGGCGACUCAAAAACGCCGGUGUAAACUCAAUGUAACCACCCAUGGAUAAAUUUAAUAUAUCCACUGUCGGGUUACACCGUCUUUAUAUAUGGCAUCGCCUUAAUUAACGGUACCGUCAUUGUAUAAAUAGUCAUGAUGUAAAUUACCUUUAUAAUUUGCGAGGCAGCUCGAGUGGAGCACGAAGGUAUAGCGUUCCUCGUUCACUGUCGAAAAUGACCGAAAACCGGUGACCUCGCGACUCCACGUGCCUACUGUAUAGAUUUCUACUCUCGGUGUAUAUAUUCGCUUAGGGAGAGAGAACGAGAGAGUGAAUGAGAACAGGUGCCUGCGGGAGAGAAAGAGAGAUACGGAAUUUCACUCGAUACUUUUUACAAACGUUUUUAUCGCCGCUACAAGACUUAGAGAGUUAAGAGCAUAUUUAUUGUCCGUUCGGAAAUAAAACCUCCGAGAAAUU